AUGACGUUGCACUCGACUAACGUCACAAGGACGGACUCUAAGCGUGUGAAAGUGUACCUGCUGGAGAACAACGAGUGGAAGGACACAGGUACUGGAUACUGCCACGGUGAAGUGGUGUCCACGGAGCUGGUGGAUAAUAAGCGGGAGGAGGCUUUCCUGCUGGUGACUAACGAGAAUGAGCCACACCAAGUGCUCCUGCGGUCGAAACUAGAAGGCAACAUAGAGUACCAGCGACAGGAGGAGACGCUGAUUGUUUGGAAGGAUGUCGAAGGCAAGGAUAUCGCCCUGAGCUUUGAGGAGAGUCUCGGUUGCGACACACUAUGCGAAUUUGUCGUAAAUGUGCAGCGGUCAAUAGAACCAAACAUAUCUCUCGUGGCAGUGAAGUCGGUUGAUAACGGCAUGGGGUCCAUACAUGAAAUAAUCACCGGCCCUGUGGCGCUGCCAUCAAUAGAAACAAAACAGAACACUACAACACUACUGGAUGCAUUGAAAAUUCUAAACGACAAUACUGCGUUUGAAUACUUGAAAACAGAAACAGUAGAGUAUGUCCUAAAGAACAACUACAUCGACCUGCUGAUAGCUCACUUCCAUAAAGCUGAAACUGAAAAGAUACCGCGAGACUUGUUUCUCAUUAGCAACAUACUGAAGACCAUGAUACUUUAUAACCAGAGAGAUAUUAUAGAGUCCCUAGUGGAAGAUAAGAGAAUAAUGGGCGUGGUAGGUAUAUUAGAAUACGACACCGAGUUCCCAACGUCUAAAGCUAACCAUAGGAAAUGUUUGGAAUCCGAAGCUCCAAGUUUCAAAGAAAUAAUACCAUUAGAAAAUGAAGAACUGAAAACUGUAAUUAAAAAAUGCUUCAGACUACAAUUUCUAAAAGAUGUAGUACUUGUCCAAUUCCUUGAUGAUAACAACCUCGGUCUGAUAACUGAUAUAAUACUAGACCUUGAGACAUGCAUAAUAGAUUCACUUCAGACAGACCCAUUUCUAGAUAAUCUACUACAACUCUACUCGAAGGAUAAAAUAUACAACUCCGAGCUCACAGAUGAGUCAACCGACCUUAUUCAAAAAAGAAAAGAGGGUAUCAAAUUACUUCAUCAAUGUAUCCAAAUGUCAAGAAAUUUAGAGCACAUGGACAAAAGUAAAUUUUACAAAGUGCUUGUCAAGAAGGGGUUGUUUAAUCUACUUGAUUAUGCGUUCAACUUCGAGAAAGAUAAUAACCUUAGAAUAUUAGCCACUGACACAAUAAUAGCCAUUGUUGAACACGAUAUAUUACUCAUUCAUAACGUUCAAAAAGAAAUCUCACAGCAUAACGACCGACAAUCACUUUGUUUGAAUGGUAAUCAAAAUGAAGCCAAAAGUUCUGAAGCAAACGCAACGGUUGAUCUAACGCUAUUAGAAAUUUUAUCUACAAUUUUACUUACAGACAACAAUCCUGGACUUCGAGAACAGGUGGUUCAGGCACUGAAUACCUUACUACAUCCUGAAGGUUGCAUAGGAGAUGGAUUUGAUAACCAACUGGAUAACGGGCUAGAUUUUGAUGAUAAUAUCUUACUCAGAAAAGAUUCCAAUAACUUGGAUGAUGAUUUUCAAGAACAAACCGGCAUGUCAAAAAUACCUCCAUUUACCUUGAAUAGUUCUCAACAAUUAGAAAACCAAAUAGCGGAGUAUUUCAAACAAUUCUAUAUUCAGAUAGCUCCCAAACUCUUUGGCCCAUUAAUAGAGAACAAUUGUAUGUCAGAUGAAGAAAGGCAGAAAUAUGUUAAUGAUGAUGUAUUAAUGAUACACCUUGUGAAGUUGGUAUCUUUUAUUUGCAGUGAACAUGAAAGGUUAAUCUCACGAAAGUUUGUUUUAGAAAAUGGGAUAUUAGAUUCAAUUAGUAACCUAAUAAACCCUGGUUACAGGCUACAAUUACGAUUAACUGCACUGAGAUGCAUAAAAAAUAUCAUCUGUCUGGAUGACAAAUAUUACCACAGACAUAUGAUUAGUAACGAGCUGUAUUCCCCUAUUAUGAAACUGAUGGAGGAACAUCUGCUUGAAGAUAAUCUAGCCAAUUCGGCUCUUCAAGAUUUUUUUAGAAUCAUUGCAUCAGAGUGCCAUGUUUUUAAGGAUGAUUCGGAACUGUUUAACUACUCUGAUAAUGCCUACAACAUAAACGCUACAGAACUACACCGGAGGUCUGGUUCUAUUCCCAGCAGUAAUUUUACUAUGUUAAACAAACAUAUUAAUGAUAAAUACCCAGAGGUUUUGGAUAAAUUACUUUACAUCACGUUUGUCAAACAACUUCGUGAACAAUAUAAGGAACAUAGUAAAUUACUACCUAACGGUAAAAAAAGGAAAAUAAGUGCCGAUAAUGUUAACGAUUUCGACGGAGAUAAAAUAAAUAAUGGUAAAAAGGGACAACUUAGCAAAAACAAAGUCAUGAAUUAUAAUAGUUUUGAAACCCAUAUCGAUGAUCGUGCCUCUUCAACUGAUUCACAACCAGCUACCUGCUUGGUUGGCAGUCCUGCAGCUUAUGAUAACGCUGUAUAA